AUGACUCCAGAAGCACUAGCAGUUUUAGUAGUAACGAACCCAGCACACCCAGUAGUGAUAGAACAAUUAACAUCUCAAAAAAAAGAUGAAGCAGAAAAAGAAAAAGAAAAACAGAUACUAACUAUAAAUAGUGUUAAUAGAGCCCCAUUUAAAUUUAAAGAAAAUUCAUCAUUUACAGAAAAAUCAGAUCAUAAUCAAAAAGAAAGGAACAACCACCAUCAUCAUUUAAUAACACAAAUUAAUCACCAAAAGCAAGAAGAUCUAAACACAGUUUUAAAAGAAAAGAAAAAACUACCAUCUAUAUUAAAUAAUGAUAAUGAAACCCCCUCAUUUAAAUUAAACCUACCAAUUACAGAAAAAUCAAACCAUCAUCAAAACGAUACAACUACAGUUUUAAAAGAAAAGGAACAACCAUCAUGA